AGAGGUAAGAGCAACCCCUGGAACAACCAAAGCCUGUGAAUUGCUGCAUUCCCACAUCCAACACCUAUGUCCCACCACCAUUACAAUGAUGCCCAAGAGAAAGGCUGAUGGGGAUGCUGAAGGAGAUAAAAUCAAAGUAAAAGAUGAACCACAGAGAAGAUCUGCAAUGUUGUUUGCUAAAGCUGCUCCUCCAAAGCCAGAACCCCAGACUAAAAAGGCCCCUGAAAAGAAGGGAGAGAAGGUACCCAAAAGGAAAAAGGGGAAAGCUGAUACUGGCAAGGAUGGGAAUAACCCUGCAGAAAAUGCAGAUGCCAAAACAGACCAGGCACAGAAAGCUGAAGGUGCUGGAGAUGCCAAGUGAAGUGUGUGCAUUUUUGAUAACUGUGUACUUCUGGUGA